AUGCAUAGAAUUUUUUCCUGUAAAGGCUUCAAAAACAAGCCUAAGAAGAAGGGGCACAUUCAGCCUGACCUGAUCGACGUGGAUCUGAUCAGAGGGUCUACAUUUGCCAAAGCCAAGCCUGAAAUUCCCUGGACAUCGCUAACUCGGAAAGGAAUUGUGAGAGUUGUAUUUUUUCCAUUAUUCAGCCAGUGGUGGAUACAGGUUACUUCCCAGCGUAUUUUUAUGUGGCUCCUGGUGCUCUAUGUUAUGCAAGUCAUAGCGGUUGUGUUGUAUUUCAUGAUGCCUGUUGUGAAUGCGAGUGAAGUCAUGGGACCAAUGUGCCUUAUGUUACUGAUGGGAACUGUUCACUGUCAAAUAGUGUCCACCCAGAUCAACAAACCUUCGGGAAACAAUGGACUCGGCAGGCGGAGGAGGAAGUUACGCAAAUCUGUGGGUGUCGAUGGGAACAGUUGGUCUUCUCCUGACAAAAACAGUAAAGAAGAGCAGGCUGAAUCUGCAUCCAUUCUUAACGAUUUAUGUAGUAUGCUUUUCCAAAGGAGGAUUAGAAGAGUAAAGUUGGUAGCUGAGAAAGGGACUGAGACAGAAAAUGGUGUGAAUGCUGUGAAUAAUGGCAUUAAGCACAGACAUGCCAGAUCUGAAUACAGGCUGUUGCACUUCAAAGAGAAAAAUAAACUUUCCGAUGGGGAAAAGAGCCAUCAGAUCGUCUGCUGGCUUUUGCAGGAUGACUGCACCAACAGGGGCGGUGUUUCUGAUGAGCUGUCAAGUGAGGAGGAUGCUGAAGCAAUGGCACAAAGAAUCUUGUUACGCCAGAAUGUAGAAGGGGCUUCCAGCGACAAUAGCUACGAAGAGAAGAGGAGGCCUCUUGUUUCUUUGAACCAGGCUGUCUCACAGGUCAAGCAAGCCCUUAAAGGUGCCAGAGACUCUGAUAGUGUCGUGGAAUCUGAACUAGAAUCCACAUUAUAUAGUCAGGACUCGAGGUCUUGCAUUAGUGUGGGGUCCCGGAGUUGCAGCGUGACCCGGAGAGACUCGGAAAGUACUCGCCAUGACUCCGAGACAGAAGAUAUGCUUUGGGAUGAUCUGCUUCACGGGCCAGAGUGCCGCUCGUCCUGCACCAGCGACAGCGAGGAAGUGACUGUGAGAGGCACCAGGCGGGAUCUGAAGGAAGAUGUUUUCCAGCAGAACCAUUUGUUUUGGCUGCAGAAUACAAGUCCAGCAUCUGCAAAAGUGAGUGCCCUGAUCUGGGAAGGGAAUGACUGUAAGAAGGUGGACAUGUCUGUGCUGGAGAUCAGUGGGAUUAUCAUGAGCAGGGUUAACGCCUACCAGCAAGGAGUGGGUUAUCAAAUGCUGGGGAACAUCAUCACCAUUGGAUUAGCAUUCCUACCGUUCCUCUACAGACUCUUCCGCACAGAUAACCUGGAGCAGCUGUGCUCCAUUUCUCUAACGGAGCUUUUGCACAUCUUUUGUGGAGCACCUGCUAGCACCCCUGUCAUUGUUCUGUCUGCUAUCAACUUCCUUGAAAGACUUUGCUUAACCUGGAUGUUUUUCUUCAUGAUGUGUGUUGCUGAGAGAACGUACAAACAGAGGUUUUUGUUUGCCAAGCUUUUUAGUCACAUUACAUCUGCUCGGAAAGCCAGGAAAUACGAAAUUCCUCACUUCAGACUCAAGAAGGUGGAAAACAUUAAGAUCUGGUUAUCCCUUCGUUCCUAUCUAAAGAGGCGAGGCCCCCAGCGGUCUGUGGAUGUCGUCGUAUCGUCGAUCUUCUUACUGGCUCUUUCAAUUGCUUUUAUAUGCUGCGCUCAGGUUCUUAAGGGUCACAAAACAUUUCUGAAUGCAGCUUACAACUGGGAGUUCCUAAUUUGGGAGGCAGCACUUCUUCUCUUUUUACUACGCCUGGCAUCUUUGGGCUCUGAAACCAACAAGAAAUACAGCAGCAUUUCAAUCUUGCUCACGGAGCAGAUAAACUUGUACCUGAAGAUGGAGAAGAAGCCGAACAAGAAAGAACAGCUAUCGCUAGUAAACAAUGUUUUGAAACUAUCUACGAAGCUGCUGAAGGAAUUAGAUACUCCAUUUAGGCUGUAUGGACUGACCAUGAAUCCUCUGAUCUACAAUAUAACACGUGUUGUAAUACUCUCUGCUGUCUCAGGUGUUAUCAGCGAUCUGCUAGGCUUCAAUAUCAGAUUAUGGAAAAUAAAACCGUGAACUGACCGAACAUCAGCACUCAGCCCUCUCCACCAGAAAGGCAACCAGAGAUGACAACCAAGAGCCUGGGCACAAAGCAGAGGCGCUCUCAAACUACAGCAAUCUGUAAUGACUUUUUUAACAGAUUCUCGGUGUACGUAUCAAAAAUUCUUCCUCUGCUUUGCUGUUCUGUAACAUACAGAAUGAACUGGUCUAAGUAGCAAAGUCAUCCCACGGCACGGACACACAGCACAACAGAAUUAGCGGGGCCAAAUACAAGUAGCUGGCAUUCAGCACAGCAGGAGCCGUGUGCGCACGGUGUGGGGCAUCGAACGCGAGAAGCCACGCGAGAGAGACGCCGAGGAGUGCUACAGCUGCCGCCUCUCCACGCGGCCUGAAUCCUCUGCCUGUGGCAAGGGGAGAGCCGGGGCCCUGCUUCCCUUAGCAGCAACCUUGUCAGGGGGCUCUGGAGCUGCGCGGAAGUGUUUCCAUUUAUGCAUCCUUCAGCGCUCUGCUCAGACUGGUAAUACUGAGCUGCAUUUGUCUGAAUGUACUGAGGAGCAUCUCGGCGUGCGUGAGGCUUUACCUCCUUACCCUGAGCUACUGCAGGAUGCAGUGAAACUCGGUCUGCGCAAGAGGAAUUCUGCCUCCAUGGUGACAGCUGAGCAAUACAGCGUCCUCACGCCAGCUGGUUUACAUUGGGUCUUCUGCAAAUAAACGAUCAUUGCUUGAAAAUAGGAGAACAACCUGACAACACAAACUACAAGUAAAGCAUUUAUCAGCUACAGAAUAUUUUGCUAUCUUCGUUCCCUGUAACCCCGCCGUUAGGCUGAGCCCAGGCUCUGCGCCAAGGGCGCCCCGGUGUCUCUUUUUCUGACACCCAGCUUCGCUCCGCGCCCUGAGCGGCUGCUGCAGCCCCGCACGGCGAUCGUGCCCGACACUGGAUACCUGCGGGAGAAAUCUGUUGUGAGGAUCGGUGGAAGAGCAGUGGCAAAGAGCUCCUCGCCCCGCAGCCGACGAACGCUCAGAAGGGGCAGAGGAGAGAAACCAAAUGUUGCGGACAUCGGUUGAACUUGCAUUUUCCUUACCUGCCUCUAUCUUGUGUGAGACCAGUAAUGAAAAAAGCAAGGACUGAGGAGCUGUUCAUAGUUUCUUUCACAUAAGGGGUAAGAUGGCAUAAGAAUUCUGGUAGUAAAUUGUUUACAGCUAUUUUCUGUACAUGGAAGAAUUGUGAGGUGUAAAAGGAGAUGACAAUUUUAUAUAUCCAAGUGUACAAAUAAACCUACAGUACAAGUA